AUGGAAGAUAACACGACUACAACAACAACAACUCAAGGAACACUCGAUGGUUGGUUAGGAAUCAAAAAGAAAGAUGAACAAGUCGAUGAGGCAUCAUCUGAUUCAAAGACUACAAAAAAAGUAAAGAGACCUGUAAAGAAACAAAGUAAAGAUGAAGAAGUAGAGGAGGAAGAAGAAGAAGAAGAAAUCAAACAAGAUGAUGAUACUACCGAUACCAAUGAAAGUGAUGACGAAAAGAUAAAGAGAUAUUUGACAUUUGAUUUAAAGUCAAUUGGAACUAGUAAAGAGUAUUUUGGUCAAGUAAUGGAGCCAUUGGCAAAACUGUUGAUGAACAAAACAGUGAUUGUUGCAGGCACCAAGGAAUACAGAAUCUCAGAGAUGGAGUAUUACAUCAACGGACACGCUCACAAGGACACGUUCACACACGGCGACGUGCAACAAUUGGAGCAUUCCAUGUGGUACUUUCAUCGUCAAAAUGGAGGCAACUACAAGUCGGCCAGUUACAAGGGUUUGGACAUUACCUUUGGUGACCCCGAAUGCUACUGCGGUAUUUUGAUUCGUGGUAUUGAGGAGGUAACCAAGGCGGGCAAGCCAGCUGGCACCCUUGUCGAUGGUCCAUCACUUACAGUCGAUCAGCUACUCGCAAGUGCUGGAUACGCCACCAUCGAUGAUUUGGUAAAGGCCAACGGACGAUCACUAUUGCCAUCACAAAACAAGGUGCUCCAUCUCCGUCCUACCAACAAUCUCGUUGCCGCUCCCACCAUUAUCACCACUGGUCGUGUUGGAUUAACCAUGAAGAUGAACCGUGCUGGCGGUCACCUCUACUUUGCCAGAGAAUACAGAUUCGUCCGUUUGCCAGACAAGAUUAAAAAGGGCAAGCAAUACAUGACCGCAGCUCUCCAUCGUCAAGGAAAGUCAGACAAUGAAAUUAGAGCUAUCACUGGUUCUACACUCAAAGCAAUCAAAGGAUUGGCAGAUGCAUUUGACAAGGGUACCAAACUCGCCAAAUCUAAUAUCUCUCAAUACAAAGAUAUUAGUAAAGGUGAAGAUUGUUGUAUAUUACUUGGUUUAUGUUCAAAUUUGGAUAAAUUAGAAGAUGGCAGUAGUACUGAUCAAGGUGUAGAUAAUGAUGGAGAAGAAGAGGAAGAUGAAGAUCAACAAGAGGAAACUGAUGAUUAA